AUGAAAUCUCUCGGCCGGACGCUUCCCGGCUCGGACGGAACGUUCGGCCGUGGUACGCGAGAUGAGUUGCGCGGCCGCGAGGCGUUACUUCCCGGCUGCGCGGCGUGGUCGUGCGCGGCUGCGUGGCGUUGUGGCGUGGCCGACCGCGGGCUUAAGUUUCCCGGGUCGUAUCGUGAUCGGCCGAGCGGUUUUGGACUUUGGCCGAGACUUCAGACGGACGGAUACAGUUUUGGCCGAGCGCGGAACAUUCGUUCCUCGGCCAGCCGGACUGCGCGGUUGGGCGCUGAUUCUCGAUAG